AUGACACGAAGUCAAACAAUAGUCUUGCAGCAGGACAACAUCACAAAGUUGCAAAGUGUAUUGGGCUCUUUAGUCCACACGGACAAUCAGCUUGAGAAAAAAGACCUACUUCAGCAGAUGCCACAGCCGCUGUCUGAGAUAUUACUAAGUUGCGGAUCGCUUGAAUGGUUCUGUGAUGCUCUAGCCUCAUAUGGUCCGCCGAAAUCCCGAAAACCGUCGAAUCGAGGAAGAGCAACUCCUCGAAUACCCGGUGCAGCGAAGAUCAAUCACAUCAUCUCUUUGUACGACACACAUGAAGACGAUAGACCUACACCAACUUGCUCCACAAGCGUCGGAGCCUGCGACUCGGACACCCAUCUUAGGCUUUGCGGUCUAACCCCGGGGAGCGAAGAAGAAGAGUUCUCCAGAAGAAGCCUAAGUCGAGAUCUUCACCUCGGAUUUCUUGCCAGACAAGAAAAUAUCAGCUUGAUGAAACAUGACCCUGGAUCAUUCCUGGAGAAACUCCGCCCAGCAGAUAUGGAUCGGCUUAGAGGCAGUGAACUAGAGAAAUUGCUCAAAUAUCAACGUGACAAGAAGUUAUCUGAUGAGUCUCUCUUUCGAUAUUAUGAUGGCGCAGUAUCUCUGGAGAAUUCGAAUUUGGCAAUAACGCUACUUGGUAGAGGAACAUCUGGGGAAUCAAGCAUACCAAUUGAUACGAACAAGACCGAUCUACUGCGUGUACUGGAUGUCCUGCAGCAGACUUCAGAGCAAGCUGCAGGGGCCGAUAUCAGGUCUCGAUACUAUAAGGUGGCAUUGUACUAUCAGAUCGAGGAGACCAAAGAACAAUUGGGACAAGAUGGCAAAUCUACAUCGGGCGUCGGUUUCUUGACUGUGGCCAUAAGUGAAUGGACCAAAAACACCCAAAAUCCCAAGCAAGCUGAAAGGCGGGUCCGAUCUUGGAAACGUGACGGGGAGAGAUGGAAACUUCUUUGCGACAAAUUUAGCGCAGGCAUACUCGAAGUGUCUCAUAAAGCUCUCAGUGCAUGCAUAAGCGAGCCAAGCCACCAUUACUUGGACGUCUUGCUUGAAUUCUGUCCAAGCAUGAGAAACAGAUGCGAAGUCUGGUUGAAAAAGGUGGAAAAGCGCCUGGAAGAACCCACUAUGAACGCCCUGAUGCUUAAGAAGCGGCUCGAUCUAAAGGAUAAAACUGGGAAAAGAGAUCACAUGCCUGCUGUUGCAGAAGUAAAAACGAUCGAACAACUUCGCACAACGCACAGACCCGGAGCCUCCUCCGAACAAGAUAUUGAGUUUCGUAAAAGUGCGUCAAGACUGUUUAAUACAUUAGCCCAGCUCACCACGUGCGGCCCCGAGAUUAGAGUCCUCGAGAUCGAAGAUGCGGACGGGAGGGUAGGAGAGAAAGAGAACAGCGUAGCGCAAGGAUCGAACCGACGAUCAGACAUUGACAUCGAGCAAGAGAAUGCAGAGCUUGCUACCAAGGCUGAACAACUGUGCAGAGAGCGAAUUGCUGUAGCAGAAUUGGGCCGAAAGAAGGUCGUCUACAUCCUUCCUUAUCAAGAUGCUGGAGUUUGGCAUUGCGUACUCCGGACGUCCGACUUUGUUUUGAAUGUCUCUGUAUCCGGAAACAGAAAGAUGAAGGCUGUACAUAAGGAUCUACGCUCAAACGUGGUCACUGGAGAGAGAGACGAUAUUGUUCAGCGAGAGAACUUCAUCCCCAUAGUUCGAGUUUGGGGAGAGAUAUUGUGUUGUAAGCAUUACUACGGAGCCAUCGAACUGCUGGAUCCUUGUUGGUGGACGCACUAUGCUUCCUGUGUUCUACAAGCGAACUCUCCAAAGAGGAAACGGUUGGGUCACGAUGAGGUUCCUAGCCUGGAACAUGACCAGCCUCACAGGAAGAAGUCAAGAACUUGA